CCAGGGCUGCAGGAGCCGGCGCCGCGGCCUCAGCAAGAGCGGUGGGGACCCAGCGGACCACGACGAAAGCGCACAGGCAGCCGGGCCGGGCCGCCACGGGCAGAGCGGCCGCCGGGAAGCGGGCGGGAAGCCGGGCGGGCAGCGGACAGCCGCCGAGCCGCGGAGCGACAUGGUGCUGCUCAAGGAGUAUCGAGUCAUCCUGCCUGUGUCUGUAGAUGAGUAUCAAGUGGGGCAGCUGUAUUCUGUGGCCGAGGCCAGCAAAAAUGAAACUGGCGGUGGUGAAGGCGUGGAGGUCCUGGUGAAUGAACCUUAUGAGAAGGAUGGUGAGAAAGGCCAGUAUACCCACAAGAUCUACCACCUACAGAGCAAGGUACCCACAUUUGUUCGAAUGCUGGCCCCAGAGGGAGCACUGAAUAUACAUGAAAAAGCAUGGAAUGCCUACCCAUAUUGCAGAACUGUUAUUACAAAUGAGUACAUGAAAGAGGACUUUCUGAUUAAAAUUGAAACUUGGCACAAACCAGAUCUUGGCACCCAGGAGAAUGUGCAUAAACUGGAGCCUGAGGCAUGGAAACAUGUGGAAGCCAUAUAUAUAGACAUUGCAGAUCGAAGUCAAGUACUUAGCAAGGAUUACAAGGCAGAGGAAGACCCUGCAAAAUUUAAAUCUGUCAAAACAGGCCGAGGACCCUUGGGUCCAAAUUGGAAGCAAGAACUUGUAAAUGAGAAAGACUGGCCAUAUAUGUGUGCAUACAAACUGGUUACUGUCAAGUUCAAGUGGUGGGGCCUGCAGAACAAAGUGGAAAAUUUUAUACAUAAGCAAGAGAAGCGUCUGUUUACAAAUUUCCACAGGCAGCUGUUCUGUUGGCUUGAUAAGUGGGUUGAUCUGACCAUGGAUGACAUUCGAAGGAUGGAAGAAGAGACGAAGAGACAGCUAGAUGAGAUGAGACAAAAGGACCCAGUGAAAGGAAUGACAGCAGAUGACUAAAGCCACCCCUCCCCCUUCUGCACUUUUCGCAAGACAGUGGUCAACAGGAAGGCCCAGCAGCUCCACCCUCCUGAGUGACAGGCCAUCUUCGGACGCAGCCUUUCUGUGCCCAUUCUUCAGGCAACUUUCAAUUCCUUACUGUAGCUAAUUCUAGAUGCCCUUUAAUAUUGUGAACAAAUAGACCGUCUGGUAUUACGGGAGCCUGCUCUUCUGAGAUAUGUGGUGUAUAGGCUGCUGUAUUUACACCUCCUCCCUCUCUCUCCAUUGUGUUCUGCCCCAUUUCUGGAAAUGCCCCCACCUUUAUUUCCAAGUGACAUUUUUAGUCUUCAAGUUAGCUGCCUUUUGUGAUGUGGUGAUUUAAGUUCAUUUGUUUUCAGCCUUGGGAUAAACUGAGGUAUUUUGCUUCCUGGGCAGAUCCUUGAAAUUUUAAAUGCUCACCUGGGGAGAGAAGAUGAGUUAGAAAUACAGUAUCCUCCCCUAUUUCCCCCACCUAGUUCCACAGAAUAGCAAUGUGGCUUCAUAACUCUUACCUCUCUUCCCAGUUACCCAUUGUUACAAUGUACUAAGCACGAAGGAGGUACCCAAGGCCCAGAUUCUGUUUAAAGAAAAUUUAACCCAUAUGAAUAAUCCCUGCCCCUGUCAUUGCAUCUCUGGCCACUGUUUUUACAAACAAGCGUGAUUUCUUGGUCUUUCUGUUGCCCACUCUGUCUGAAUUUCUCUGCAGAGCCUACAAGACACCCUGGUCACCUUUCUACCUGGAGGGAAUUGUCCGGCGUGGCCCUUAGAAUUGAAUCUGCCCCAUAGAUACCAAUCCAUCUGACCCCUGAGGAGCUAGCUCUAGGCUCCUCUUCCCUUUUGGGCUGGUGCUGCCACUCAGCAAUAAUCCUGUUUUCUCUAUGCUUUCUUUGAUCCCUGUCCUCUGUCUUUGAGGCUGGUUAGGAUGCAGAAGUCCUGAUCUUUUCAUGCUGCACAAAAUGAGCAUGCAAAAAUUCCCUCCUGCCCCAGCAGAACAUGUACCCUCUUGUCUCCAAUCACUGGAAAAGAAUUUGGGAAUCACGAACUCAGCUUGUCCUGCCCAUGCUGAGUUCUGUCCUGGACAAUCAGAAGUAAGCACUGAUCAUAAUGGAAGAACUCCACUAAAGUAGACUGGUGAACAAGUCCAGGCUCCAGGGAAGUAGAAAUUGCUGAGUGCUUCCCAGUUCCUUGACUCAGCAGAACCUGAGUAUGCCUUCUUGAUGGGAGAAUAUGAGAUAGCUAUGGUGUCACCUGACAUUUCCCAAGCCUUGUGAAGUAUGUUGGCCUGAGUGUGCAGUGACCCAAACCCAUACUAGCCUGGGUCCCUCUGCUAAUGAGAGAAACCAAAUCUGUUUAGAAUGAGAAGUGGGAAGGGACAUUUUAUCCUUAAGUUUUGUCUGUGUGUUUGCCUUACUCAUUUCCAAGUGCAAUAAUGGAGCAUCUCACAGAUUGCACCUGUGAUAUCCUCCUGACAGAUGCUUCCCUGUGGCCCUCCUAGGGCAAGGGCAGACAGAUUCAGAUCCCUCAGCAUGGUUAGCUCUGACCUUCAUUGAGGUCCCUUUGGGACCAGGAGAUAUCUCAUUAUAGGUACCUUCCUAUGUAUUAAUCUCCUCACCUUGUAGGGUCUUUGGUAAUGGACCUGGGGCAUUUCAGCUGGUGAUCAGCAUCUCAACUGCUAGGAGCAUGGAUUGGAUUGGAUUGGAAAAGUUGAAGAGAGACAUUCCUACAGAAGAAAAAUUAAAAUGUUUUCCUGCAAGCUCUAUAUUAGCUAUUAAUUAUAUUUGUGCUUAAAGAUUUUUCUUCUUCAUUCAUCAACUAGGUGAAGUCCAGGUGUGGGUUUUCUUGGGAGAAACUGAAACUCUAAGUAGACAGUUGUUUAUGUGGUGUGAGGAUCAGCAGAUGUUAGCCUCCUUUGUUCAGUUCUUUGAGAUCUACACAUAUCACUUCAGCUCUGGUGGGGGCUGACUCUUCGUUUGCCUUUUCUCUGGCUUCUCCCACUUCUACCUGUUGCCCUGUUUGAAAGCAUCUAAAUGAGCUGAGCUGGAAUUUCUCAAGAUCAGCCUAGAUCUGGGGCUCCUGCCCACACAAACAAAAGGAGGGAUAUCUCUUUCUAAUCCAUCCCUAUGGAUGAUGUUGCUGCUGGGCAAUAGUGUUGGCUUCUUUUAAGUGGCUCCUUCCUUCUUUUCCUUCUCCACCCCAAAACUGAUAUGAGCACUCAGAGGGGCUUAUGAUGAGCAAAGGCUUAGCUCCAGGGAUUACACCUGCCGCUGUGCCAUGCCCCUUCAGACCAGCUGCUUCCAUUAGAUUUCCAGGGUCUUUGUCCCAAAUGAAAGCAGCAAUGCCUCUACACAAGGGCUGCUGGGCCUCCUCAUUGAGAGGUCAGGGACAGGGUCAGUAUUGUGGGCACGUGUAUAUCUUCCCAUGUUCUCCUUUCACAGUCCAUACCAGGACUCCCUGACUUAUUUUGGUUGGUUCCUAGUGCUCCUUCUUUUACAAACUACACUUUGUAGAACUGAUUAGAUUACCUUGUUUAUUUAAUGUGAGUUUGUGCCUUUUUGUCUCAAUCUUCCAAUACAGGUAUAUUGGGAAAAAAAAGCAGUCUAAUAAAAUCCUAGACAGAG